CCCCUCCCCCCCCCUCCGCCGUCUGCUGUUAUGUACUGUGUCAGUGUCAACUGGAGAACCUGAGCCUGAGACUUCAUGUUAAUCUCGCACUGACAUCGGGCUGUGAGAAUUUAGUUCAUUAUAACAUCAAUGUACAACGGAAUACUGCCCUUCGGCGAGAUACCAGUUAGAACCUGAAGAAGAACAGGAAAAAAUGGGACAUCAACUCUACAACAUUCCUGUCAUCUCCUUGAACCUUCGCCAGGAAGAAACUGUUCAUCAGAUUGCUGAUGCUCUAGAUUAUUUAAGUGAUGUUGUCAAUGAUGUUUUUGGUAGGAUUGAUAGUCGCAUUGCAGAGAACAGAAACAAGCUACAGCAGCUCAGCCGAAGAACUUCCGUUGCUAAGGCGAAAAUUGAGAAACUAACAGGAAGUAACAAAGCGACCAAGGUCUUUUCCAGUGCAAAAUACCCAGCUAGUGAUGCUCGCAAAGAUUACCAAUCAACCUUCAACCCACCAGCCACCACACAGUUCAGGCACCAUGACAAUAUAAUUAAAAGCAAGCAGGAGCCUGUGGAUGGCAAGGUACCUCAAGAAAAAUUGCAGUUUUAUCAUGUUAAAGUGGGUUCGAAGGUUCGCCGUAACUUGGAGGUUGCUGUUGAGGAAGGACUGGGUAGUCUUCCCCCUGAUAUAGAUUCAGUUUCUUCUCUUUUGUUGUUCAAUACAUCUGAAAACCCCUACAAACGUUAUGUGCUACUGGAUCCGCUUGGAGCUGUCACCAAAACGCGCCAGUCUUUGGAGGAAGAAGGGGACAGUGCCAUGGAUGAUGCUCCGAUGUCCAUUGCUCAUCAAGAGCACCUGGAGGCAAGGUCUGGGGAAAACUUUUUCUAUUCCCCUGGAAUGGGAGAUGUACCUGACAUUGAUGUUCCACUUGACCUUCCUGACCUCCCUGGCAUCGCUGAUGACCUUCGUUACAAUAUGGACUUUGGGCUGUCUAUUGCACCAUCAGUCACUACGACACCUGCUAUUCCAGAAUUGCCAAGUCUAGUCCCUGAAAGCCCUACAACUCCUUCGAGUUCUGGCUUGUUCUCAGGAGAAGCAGCUCCACAUCUAAGUCAUUCAUCGAUAACAGAGUCUGCACCUGCAGCAAGCGCUCCACCUCCUCCACCUCCCACAAGUGCACCUCCUUUACCUCCUCAUAUGCCGCCGCCACCGCCACCGCCUCCUCCACCUCCACCUCCACCCCCACCCCCACCCCCACCCCCAACCACUGAACCCUCAAGUGCACCACCAGCUGAAGAAUCAGCAGUUUGCAAACAAGUCCCAGCUCCAGCAAUGGACUCUCGAGCAACGCUUAUGGACGCAAUCCGUAAGGCUGGCGGAAAGACCAAGCGGUCGGUGGAAGACAGAAAAGUGGAAGCCAAGAAGAAAAAGCAAGAAGAGAAAGCUCAGGGUGGUGGUGACCUCAUGGCUGAUCUUCAUUUGAAGCUGGCAUUGCGGAGAAAAGGCAUAUCUGGUGCCAACAAAUUGCCAGAAGGGUCAGCAAUGGACAAAAUCUCAUCAAUGAUACCUCCACCUCCAAUCAAGGAAAGUGCAACAUCUACUUCUGCUACUGAAGAGGAGGAUGAUUGGGAUUAAUGAGACAGUUUUUGCAAGAAUUGUGUGUUUGGUGCUUUCUUUUGCAUUCCAUAGGCCAAUAGGAUUCUGUCCUCUGUAAUUAUUGAGACUUAUUUCUUGUUUGUAACUUAAUAUUCCAUAUAUCAUUGGUGUUUUCAUCUACAUGCAAUCAGUGGAUGUUGUUCUUUGAUUUUAAAAAAGUACUCGGUAAUUAGAUUAAUCACUGUUUAUUGUACAAAUAUAAGCUUAUAUUUUUUUAAAGAGAAAAAUAAAGUGAUAUAGAUGAAAUA